AAGGCUACGGGGGGCGGGACGAAGCAAUCCGCCCGAAAGUGGCGGUUUACUUGAGGCGGUUGCCUUAGUACAGCGAGUAGACUGAGUCUGUGGCGAAUUGCGGGCCGAUUCCCGGCCAGUGGCAUCUCAGCCGGAGUGGACCUCGGGGUCUCAGAAGCAGACUUGUAUCUGGCCCGAGGCUCCCAGCCGUUCAGCGCGUCUUCCCAUAACCGGAUACCGAUUAUUGGGACUCUCGGCUGCAGACACAGGAGUCACAGAUGCUGGGAAGUAUGGCCCCAAAGAAACCUCGAAAUACCACAAGGUUGCCCCUGGCUUUAAACCCCCUGAAGAGCAAGGACGUGUUGGCAGUGCUGGCUGAGAGGAACCAGGCUAUAGUACCAGUUGGGGCAUGGGUGGAACCUGCCUCACCAGGUAGUUCGGAAAUCCCAGCAUAUACAUCAGCAUAUUUGAUUGAAGAAGAACUAAAGGAACAGCUAAGAAGAAAACAAGAAGCUUUGAAACAUUUUCAGAAGCAAGUUAAAUACCGAGUAAAUCAACAAAUUAGGUUGAGAAAAAAGCAACAGCUUCAGAAGUCUUAUGAAAGAGCAGAAAAAGAAGGCUCUAUAGCCAUGCGGUCUUCAGCAGCACACUUAACUUCCAAAAGAACAAGUGUUUUUCCAAACAAUUUGAAUGUUGCUAUUGGAAGUUCUAGGUUACCUCCUUCCCUGAUGCCUGGGGAUGGAAUAGAGGAUGAAGAGAAUCAGAACGAAUUAUUCCAACAACAAGCCCAGGCUCUUAGUCAAACUGUGAAACAGGCACGUAACCGGCUAGCAUCCUUUAAAACUGUGAGUAAAAAAAAGGGAUCAGUGUUUCCAGAUGAUGGAAGGAAAAGCUUUCCCACUCGAGAGGAACUUGACGAUGAGGAACCUGACUAUGAGGAAUCUUCAUCUCUUGUAACUGAUGAGAAAGCAAAAGAAGAUUUGUUUGGGAGAGACCAGCAAGACCAGCAGGAUAUCCUUUCUGAAGAUAAGAACAAACCUUUCAGCAGAGUUCAGAAAGUAAAAUUCAAAAAUCCAUUAUUUGUUCUGAUAGAAGAGGAAGAACAAAAGCAGAUACAUUUUGAGGGCCUUCAGGAUAUUCUUCCAGAAGCUCAGGAUUAUUUUCCAGAAGCCCAAGGUGAUUUGCUGGAAACCCAGGGUGAUUUGACAGAAAUCCAGAGUGUUGAGCCAGAUACCGAGGCUGUUGAGCUGAAGGUUCAGAUUACUGAGCUAGAAGGCCAGGCCACUGAGCCAGAAGGCCAGCCUAUUAAGACAGAAACUCAGGGUAUUAUGCUGAAAGCCCAGAGUAUUGAGCUAGAAGAAAGGAGUAUUGUGUUGGAAACUCAGGAUUUUCUACCCCCAAAUCAGGCUUUUCCAACUAAAAACCAGGAUGUUUUAUUCAAAGACCACUGUGUUCUCCCUAAAGACCAGAAUAUUCUACUCAAAUACCAGGACCAGGAUUUCCUACCCACAGACCAACAUGUUCUCCCCAAAGACCAAGAUAUUCUACCUAAAUAUCAAGACCAGGAUUUUCUACCUAAAGACCAGGAUUUUUUAUGUAGAGACCGGCAUGUUCUCCCUAAAGACUGGAAUAUUCUACCCAAACGUCAGGACCAGGAUUUUCUACCCAGAGACCAAGGUGUUCUCCCCAAGGACCAAAAUAUUCUACCCAUAUGUCAGGACCAGGAUUUUCUACCCAGAGACCGAGAUUAUCUUCCCAAAGACCAAAAUAUUCUACUCAUAUGUCAGGACCGGGAUUUUCUCCCCAGAGACCUGCAUGUUCUCUCCAACGACCAGAAUAUUCUAUCCAAAUGUCAGGACCAAGAUUUUCUACCAAAAUAUCAGAAAGUACACUUUAAGGAGCCAUACUCUCAUAUGACAGAUGAGAAAGGGAGAGAAGACUUUUCUCUGGCAGAUUAUCAGUGUUUGCCUCCCAAAUCCCAGGACCAGGAUGGCAUCAGAAACCAGCAACCUGCAUCUUUUAUGAGAGAAGAGAGAGUGAGAGAAGAAUUGCCUCUGGACUAUCAUCAAUAUGUUGUACCUAAAAUCCAGGACCAAGACUCCCCUAGAGAACAGAACAAGCAUAUCAAACUACCCUCAUCUUUUGAGAAAUGGGAGAUUGCAAGAGGAAAUAUUACUGGAGUGCCAUUGGCUUAUGAUGGAUAUCAAUCAGGAUUGAGCACUGAAUUCCAAGCUCCACUGGCAUUUCAGUCUGGCAUAGAUAAAGAAGAAGAUAAGAAAGAGCGUCAAAAGCAGUACCUGAGACAUAGACGACUUUUCAUGGAUAUUGAGAGAGAACAAGUAAAAGAACAAAAAAGGCAAAAAGAACAAAAGAAGAAAAUUGAAAAAAUUAAGAAAAAGAGAGAGCAAGAACGUUAUGCUGAAGAGCAGAGGAUCUUAAGAAUGAACUUUCAUGAAGAUCCAUAUUCAGGAGAGAAGAUGAGUGAGAUAUUAGCCCAGUUACAACUUGAAGAAAUAAAAGGAGCCAGAGAAAAACAACAGCAGAGAGAAAAAGAAUACCUGAGAUAUGUAGAAGCUUUACGAGCCCAAAUCCAGGAGAAAAUGCAGCUGUAUAAUAUUACUUUACCUCCACUAUGCUGUUGUGGUCCUGAUUUUUGGGAUGCUCAUCCUGAUACCUGCGCCAACAACUGUAUUUUCUAUAAAAACCACAGGGCAUAUACUCGGGCACUACAUUCAUUCAUCAAUUCCUGUGAUGUCCCUGGGGGUAAUUCAACUCUUCGAGUCGCAAUUCAUAGUUUUGCUUCUGCACACAGGCGGACUUUGAAAAAUCUGUAAUGAGAAUCUGAAAUUAACUGAAAAGGUAAAUAAAUGUCUUUUGAAUAUCUUCUAUGUGAAAUAAUUGUGAGUGACAUUUGAAAAAGUGAAUCUCAAGUCAAAG